AGGGUUGGGGGCUGCAUCUUUGAGCAUAUAAGAACAUCUUGCGGCGAGUCUAUCAUGCUGUUAGUUGAAAGUUGCAUCUAACACUCCACUAAGGUAGGUAGUCAAGCCCAACGGAACAGGAAAUUUUAGUGAUUUCUGUCAAGAUAUGGCCAAUAUCCAACCUUUCAAGAUCGAAAUCCCAGACACGGCCCUGGAGAAGCUGAGGACCAAGCUAUCUCUUACCGACUUCCCUGACGAGGUCUCGUUCAGCGACGACCGGAAGUACGGCGCACCGUUGAGGGACAUCAAGCGGCUCCUAGCAUACUGGAAAGACGGGUACGACUGGCGAAAGCAUGAAGCGAAACUGAACGAGCUCCCGCACUUCACCACUACGGUGGAAGUGGAUGGCUUUGGACAGCUCGGCAUCCACUUCCUCCAUCAGAAGAGCAGCCGGUCUGAUGCCAUUCCGAUGCUUUUCUGCCAUGGCUGGCCGGGCGGCUUCUGGGAGGCCAUCAAGAUGCUCCCUAUGCUCGCUGAACCAACGGACGCAUCACAGCCGGCGUUCCACGUUGUCGUUCCCUCUUUGCCCAACUUCGGCUUCUCAGAGGGCGUUACGAAGCCCGACUUUGGCCUCCAGCAGUACGCUGAGACAGUCCAUAAGCUGAUGUUGCAGCUCGACUACCGCAAAUAUGUAUCCCAAGGCGGCGACUGGGGACUGGCAAUCACGCGCCUCCUGGCCCUCUACUACCCGCAACGCCUCCUAGCCAGCCACAUCAACUUUGUCCGCGCGCACCCACCCACCCUGACCCGACACCCUUCCCUCUACCUGCAGUCCCUCCUUCGCCCCGCGUACACGGCAGCCGAGCGCGCCGGCUUCGCCCGCUCGCGCUGGUUCUGGCAGGAAGGCGGCGGGUACAACGUGCUACAGGGCACGCGGCCGCAUACGGUGAGCUUCGCGCUCGCCGACUCGCCCGCAGGCCUGCUGGCGUGGAUCUACGAGAAGCUGCGCGAGUGGACCGACGAGUAUCCCUGGACCGACGAUGAGGUGCUGACGUGGGUGAGCCUGUACGCCUUCUCACGUGCCGGGCCAGCGGCCAGCGCGCGCAUCUAUUACGAGGCGUAUCAUGGCAGUAAGGCGGCACAGGAGAGGACGAGAAGGUGGAUUGGCGGGGUCAAGUUGGGGUUUAGCAUCUUCCCGAGGGAUAUUGAGGUGCCGCCGGCGUUGUGGGGGAGGACGCUGGGGCCGGUGGUGUUUGAGAGGGUGCAUGAAGACGGGGGGCAUUUUGCGGCGUGGGAGAAACCUGAGGCGUUGGUGGGGGAUUUGAGGGAGAUGUUUGGCAAGGACGGAAAGGCGAAGGGUGUGUUGGAGGAGCUGAGACGAAUGAAGGAAACUAUGGGGAGGAGUUGAUGGGAGGAUGGAGAUGCACAAGGUGCUGAGCCUCCCGUUCGAUUUCCUGCAGGUGUCUAGAUUUCUCGUCACCUGCCAGAGUCGAGGAUCAAACAAUGCAUCACCUCUUUCUUUUCUUAUAUUUUUUCUUAGAAAGAAAGCCAAAGAAAACGAACGCAAGAAAGUCUCUUAGAGAGCUUAUC